AUGAAAUUAAAUUUUCUAUUACUUUUAACCCUUUCUAGCUUUGUUUUAUUAAGCAGAGCCCAAUGCCCAUUUUCUAAAACUUCAGUUACAGGAGCCUCAGCCACAUUCUAUACUGCAAUAAAUAAUGGUAAUUGUGGUUAUGAGGGAGUAACAGGUGCUCUUGGUCCAGGUAAUACUAUGAUUACAGCUUUGGGUACUAAAUUAUAUCAAAAUGGAGCUCAAUGUGGUCAAUGUUUUAAAAUUUCAAAUUCAAAAAAUAAUUCAGUAGUGGUCAUGGCUAUAGACUCAUGUAACGAUGCUGGUUACUGCCAAAGAGCUAAUCAUUUUGAUUUAAGCCAAGAUGCAUUUUCUGUAUUAGGACAAACAUCACAAGGGGUUCUUGAUGGAUUAUCAUAUGUUAAGGUUCCAUGUCAAGUAACCGGAAAUGUUAAAAUAAUGAUGAAAGAUGGUUCAAACCCAUAUUGGACUUCAUUUUUAGUAUAUAACACAAAGGUCGCAAUUAAACAAGUUUCAAUUAAACUUUCAAACUCUAACCAGUUUAUUCCAUUAACUAGAACUUCCUAUAACUAUUGGCCAUCAAAUAUUUCAGGUGCAAAUUUUCAAAUAAAAAUUGAAUCCAUUGGUGGAGAGUUUAUUUAUGUUACUAUCCCAUCGGUUGUAUCUAGAAAAGUUUAUGAUACUGCCACUCAAUUCUCCACAUGUUAA